AUGACCGAGUUUGAAUUAGGUAUUACAUGUGACAUGCAUGUGCAUGUCAGAGACUCUUCCAUGUGUGAGUUAGUCACUCCAACAAUUAGAGAGGGUGGUAUUUCAGUUGCAUACAUUAUGCCUAACUUACAACCGCCAAUUACUACACUAUCGAGAGUCAUCGAAUACAAGAAUAAAUUGGAAAAAUUAUCUCCGCAAACUUCUUUUUUAAUGACAUUCUACCUAUCGAAGGAAUUGACUCCUGAGUUAAUCCAUGAAGCAGCAAAAGCUAAAGCCAUCCACGGUGUAAAAUGCUAUCCUGCUGGAGUUACCACGAAUUCAUCUUCUGGAGUCGAUCCAAAUGACUUUACACCCUAUUAUGAUAUUUUCCAAGCUAUGCAAGAAGAGGGCAUAGUGCUCAAUUUGCAUGGAGAAAAGCCAAACAGGAAUAUCGAUGGCGAAGACAUUCAUGUACUGAAUGCAGAAGAGUCCUUUUUACCUGCAUUGAAGAAAAUCCACGAAGCUUUCCCGAAAUUGAAGAUUGUAUUGGAGCACUGUACUACUAGGGCUGCUGUUGAUGCAGUUUUAGAGAUUAACAAAGGCAUUGAACAUGCUAAAGAUGUUAGAGUAGCAGCAACUAUUACUGCCCAUCACUUAAGUCUAACCGUGGACGACUGGGCGGGAAACCCAAUUAACUUCUGCAAACCAGUUGCCAAGUUGCCAAGUGAUCGUAGGGCACUUGUUGAGGCGGCUAUUAGCGGGGCCCCAUAUUUUUUCUUUGGUUCAGACUCCGCUCCACAUCCGUUACAAAACAAGGCCAAGCAUGUUGGCGUUUGUGCCGGUGUUUUCUCCCAGUCUCUGGCAAUUCCCUACCUGGCUGAAGUAUUUGAAGCAAAUAAUGCCUUGGACAAACUGCGUGCUUUUGUCAGCGAAUAUCCGCUGCAGUUUUACAAUAUCAAUAAAGAUCUAUUAAAAUGCCAAGACAAAGCCGUGAUCUACAAAAAACGCCAACAAGUUCCAGAAACCAUCACAGAUGGCAAAGACAUUGUAAUUGCGCCUUUCAAGUCAGGUGAAUUCCUGAACUGGAGCGUCAAAUGGAUACAAUAA